GCUCUGGGGACUUCAGGAGGAGGACACGGUGUCAGCAUGGAGGGCUCCUGUGGCCUAAUCACUCUCCAAAAGAAGCCAGUGGCACUGAAAAGCAUCUCUGUGACCUUGUCCAUCCAUGAGUUUGUGGCUUGUGUGUCUGCAACCUUAAACUAUGAAAAUGAGGAGAAAGUCCCUUUGGAGGCCUCCUUUGUGUUCCCCAUGGAUGAAGACUCUGCUGUCUAUAGCUUCGAGGCCUUGGUAGAUGGGAAGAAAAUUGUGGCAGAAUUACAGGACAAGAUGGAGGCCCAACACAAAUAUGAGGAUGCCUUAUCCCAGGGUCAGGAGGCCUACUUAUUGGAGGAGGACUCAGACUCCAGAGAUGUCUUCUGUUGCAAUGUGGGGAAUCUCCAGCCUGGGUCAAAGGUGGAGCUUACCCUGAGGUAUGUGCAGGAGCUGCCCUUGGACGCUGAUGGGGCCCUGCGCUAUGUGCUCCCAGCCAUCCUAAAUCCUAGAUACCAUCUUUCAGGACGGCUUGAGGACAGUUGCCUUGAUAUAAAAGCUCCCCUAGUCCCCUUGGAGGAACUGCCAUACACACUCAGCAUGGUUGCCACCAUCAGCUCCCAGCAUGGCAUCCAGAGAGUCCACUCCAACUGCCCCUUGAGUGCUGUUGAGUUCCUUGCAGAUGAUAAGACUUCUGCUCAGGUUUCCUUGGCUGAAGGACACAAGUUUGACAGGGACGUGGAACUCCUGAUUUACUACAGGGAGGUACACAGCCCCCGAGUAUCUGUGGAGAGAGGGAUGCUUGAGAAGAAGCCAGGGCAGUGCCAACCCCAUAAGACCCAGGUGUCUCUCAUUUCAGAAAGGAAUCUACCUUCACCUAUCAAAACAGUGCUGCAUUAUAUAUCCAGAUGUCCAGAUAGUUUAAUGGGAGAUCCUUCUGUCAUGGUGAGUUUCUAUCCAGACAUUCCUGAAGAUGAGGCAUCUGUGACCUGUGGAGAAUUUGUCUUCCUUAUGGACUGCUCAGGAAGUAUGCAGUGUCCCAUGAAUAACCAGAACCAGUCUCAGUCACGCAUAGAGGCAGCCCAGGAAACACUGAUUCUGCUGCUGAAGAGUUUGCCUAUAGGCUGUUAUUUCAACAUCUAUCAAUUUGGAUCUUCCUAUAAGGAAUUUUUUCCGGAGAGUGUGAAGUACACUCAGCAAACAAUGGAAGAGGCAGUGAACAGAGUUAAGCUCAUGAGAGCAGAUCUAGGGGGCACUGAAAUCUUGGCACCACUUCAGAACAUUUACAGGAAGCCCUCCAUCCCUGGUCACCCCCUACAGCUUUUUGUCUUCACAGAUGGAGAAGUUACUGACACAUUUAGUGUAAUUAAAGAAGUUCAGUCUAACAGCAAUAAACACAGAUGUUUCUCAUUUGGCAUUGGAGAAGGUGCCUCCACCAGCUUAAUAAAAAGCAUUGCCCGGGUGUCAGGGGGAACUUCUGAGUUUAUCACAGGCAAGGACAGGAUGCAGCCCAAGGUUCUUAGGUCUCUGAAGCACUCUCUUCAGCCUGCAGUAGAAGACAUCUCCUUGAGCUGGAAUUUGCCUCCUGGUGUGUCUGCUAACUUGCUUUCUCCAGAGCCAACGGUCAUCUUUAGGGGUCAGAGGUUGAUCCUCUAUGCCCGACUCACUGGAAAAAUGCCGGCAGCAGAGGCUACAGGAGAAGUAGGCCUCAAGUACACGCUCCAGGGCAAAAGAUUUGAGGAUAAACUGACAUUUUCUCUCCAACCCAAGCCAGAUGCUGACCUCACUAUUCACCGUCUUGCUGCCAAAUCCUUCAUCCAAACCAAAGACCUUGGCCUCACACAGACCCCAGCAAUGGACAAAAAAGACGUGUUGAAGAUCAGCAUUGAAUCUGGAGUCAUCAGCUCCUUCACAGCAUUCAUUGCCAUAAACAAGGAACUCAAGCAGCCAGUUCAGGGGCCCCGGGCUUACAGGCAGAUUCCAAGGCCAGUUCUGUACAAAGCCUUUGUGAACUCAAGGAUUUUAUGUGGAUCAAGCGCACCUGUAUUAUAUACUCAGAGCUUGGGGAAUACAUGCUCAUAUCUCAGAGGUUCUGUCUCUAUGAUGGGAAACCCAUGUUCUUCCAACAACAGUAGGACCAAGUCAAAAAGUUAUCAUAAAGUGAUUGGAGGCACUAAACUUAUGCAGCUGAUUGACCUCCAAAAAGCAAAUGGUUCCUGGGAUCUGAAUGAAGAUCUGACUAAGAUCCUAGGUGUGAGUUUGGAAGCCCUUCUUGCUGCACACCCUGCCCAGGAUGUGGACCUCUCAGUCUGGGCCACUGUCCUGGCUGUGGUCUGGCUGCACACCCAUGGUAAAGACCAGAAGAUGGAGUGGGAGCUUCUAGAAAGGAAAGCUGUGGCCUGCAUUCACACCCAAGCAGGCUCCACUGUGCCCAUGCUUGUGAAGGCUGCAAAUACUCUCCUGAAGUCAUCUGUGGACCUUGCUGUCUUUGCUCCCUAAGGAUGUCUUCCAGAAAAAAGAAAAAGGUGGGGUGGGGGGAGAGGUUUCUCCUUGGCUAUCAGCACACCUUCACCAUUUCUUCUACUGUAAUGUUUUGUGUUUUAAAUCUCACCUAUAUCUCUCUUGAAAUAAAAGUAAAGGAUGUUCACACCA